GCGGCGCGGAGCAUGGUGUUCUGAUGGCCAUGGAGGGCUUCAGGGGCUUCUUGGGGCUGCUGGUGUCGGCGCUGCUCGUCGGCUUCCUGUCCGUGAUCUUCACCCUCAUCUGGAUCCUCCACUACAGGGAGGGGCUCGGCUGGGACGGGGGCGCGCUCGAGUUCAACUGGCACCCUGUGCUCGUCGUCACCGGCUUCGUCUUCAUCCAGGGCAUUGCCAUCAUCGUAUACAGACUGCCAUGGACCUGGAAAUGCAGCAAGCUCCUGAUGAAAUCCAUCCAUGCAGGUUUAAACACCGUUGCUGCCAUUCUUGUCAUUAUCUCUCUGGUGGCUGUUUUUGAUUACCACAAUGCCAGGAGUAUCCCCAAUAUGUACAGUCUGCACAGCUGGGUUGGACUGAUAGCGGUCAUACUCUAUUUCUUACAGCUUGUCCUAGGUUUUUUCAUCUUUCUGCUCCCUUGGGCUCCACUUUCUCUUCGAGCAGUUUUAAUGCCCGUACAUGUCUAUUCUGGACUUCUCAUCUUUGGAACAGUGAUUGUAGCAGCACUUAUGGGAAUCACAGAGAAACUGUUUUUUGCCCUGACAAAUCCUGCAUACAGUUCAUUCCCACCAGAAGGAGUUUUCACAAAUACCCUUGGCCUUCUGAUUCUGUUGUUUGGGGCUCUUAUUUUUUGGAUAGUCACCAGACCACAAUGGAAACGUCCUAAAGAACCAAAUUCUACCCUUCUUCGGCCAAAUGGAGGCACUGCAGAGGGAGUGGAAAGCCCAAUGGCAGACAACCCUGACAACAACAUGGACAAAUCGGAUUCAGAGUUAAACAGUGAAGGAGCGGCAAGGAAAAGAAACCUUGCCCUCGAUGAGGCCGGCCAGAGAUCCACCAUGUAAAAUGUUGUAGAGAUGUAACUGUAGAACUUCACUUUUAAAAACUAGCUGUAUGGUUUAGCUUCUUCUAUUUAGCCAUAAGAUGAUUGCACUGCAUAGGUUAAAAUUUAUUUUAAUCAUAAAGGAGGAUUUCUUGAAAGAGUUUGUAUUGAUUGAGGCCUGUGAUCUUACCUGAAUUGGAAGGGACAUGAUCAACAUAAAUAAUAGCAAACAUAAAUUACGGUUAUGUUACCUCUUGUUGAGGACCAAAACAUUAGCACAGUGCCUUGUCCAGAAGAGAUGCUCCAAAUGUGUCUAUCACUUAGUUAAUUUGAUAAACUGGGAGCAUCCCUGGCCUCUUAUGCAGUCGCUUCCUGUUAAUUCUGGGAGCCCAUUGAUUUCAGCACUAGGUAGAACCAGUCCUAAAGUUUUAAAAUCAGAUCUUGAAUAUCUGGGACAGGGUUUAAACCAUUAUGCUACAAAGGUGUCAUGACUAGAGCACAGAAAAAAAAAUUAGGAGAAUAACUGGAUCCCUUUGGCAUGUGCCUGCCUUCUACUCCCUCCCCAGCAGAUCUGGGCUCAGAUUGACCCUGGAGACCAGGGUUUAUAUUAGAGUAUUUUGGAAUAGUGACUGGGCCAUAGGUAGCUGAAGAGAUCUUCUCUGGUCAGAAUUGGAAGAUUUUCCAAAACUCAACUUAGUCCUAAGACUUCCCUAGAGUUGAUAUACUUUACAAUCCAGAUUUUAAACGUUAGUCAGGUAGAGCGUGGUAUUGUAACAUCAAGAUCAAGGGUUCAGAUCCCAUACCGGCCAGCCACCAAAUUAGUAAAUAAAAUAAACCUCUUAGAAUAAGAAUAUGCCUGAAUCCUUAAGCAAGCAUAAACUGCUCCACAAACCUCAGAGAGCAAUUUUUCCUAAGUUUCUGUUAUUAUUAUUUAAAGAACUUACAUGGCAUUUACUAUGCACCAGACGCUUUUCUAAGUGUUUCGCAAAUGUUUGUUCAUUCAGUUCCCAGAGAGAGCUUAUGAGAGAUAGGUAUUGUUGUUAUCCCUAUUUUAUAGGUGAGAAGUCAGAAGCUUGGGGAGGUUAGUAACCUGCCCAAGAUCACACAGUUCAUAAGUGGUAGAACUGAGAGUCCAGCCCUGGCAGUUUGGCUCCUCAGUCCAUGAUCCUAAGCAUUUCACUAUGCUAUUUUUUUUCUGUUUGCACCCAAUCUGAAUAAACCUCAAUUGCUGGAGUGGAGUGGAGUUGUUAAAGGCAUGCCUCCUUAUCUUUGGUUCUCUUCCAAGGCAAAUUCCCUAGAUAACUAAGGAUAUAGAUCAUGGGUCCCCUGACACUGCCAACAAGCCAUGGUCUACUUUGAUGCCCCUUUGAUCUUAACAUUGUGUCUUGGUGACAGAAAGAUUUGGGCAAAAAUAUCUGUAGCCUUCAAGAUUAAUUAAUUGCAAUUUUUGUUUUUCAGAAUCUUAACUACUGAACAACUUUGAGUUUGGAGGUAGGAGAGGCCUAUCUCGUGAUCUGCCCUUCCCUAGGUCCUUCCUGAUAUUUGUGGAAUUUUAGCAGAUAUUUUGAGCUUUGAGUUCUUAGUAGUGAAUUGAGACUUGUAAGUGACAACUUUUUGUGCAUGGAGAUCUCUCUCUAGGCUCUGGGCUGACUUAAAACCUAGAGUAGUUCCUAUGCUGAAAUGAUGUUUUUCAUUUUUUGGUUGAUUUUUUCUUCCCUGCAAUUUUAAACUGAAGCAUUUUAAUGUAGAUAAAAACCUUAUGGUUUACUCCAAAAGAACUUGACAUUUUUGGUGCUUAGUGGAUUUCCAUUUAGGUGACUGGUAGUUACUUACAAGGACUGAAAUAAGCCAUGCUCCGUGAUGUCCCUUAAACUUUAUGGAUAACCAUUCAAGAUUCCCUUGCUGAAACACUGUUUUGUUCUUAUUUAAUUAAUUCUCUUUCCAAAAUUGGUAAUAGUAUCAGAAGGAUCCUCAGUACCCAGCCCAAUGCUUGGCAUGUAUGUAGCACAAUUAAAUUCAGUAUGGGUAGAGCAUGGUACAUCUUGAUAGAAGGAGUAAUUGCAUGGUCACACACAGACAUAUUUUGGUAAAUGAAUGUUUCAUUACAUAGAAGUGCACAAAAUUCCAGGGGUUUUCUUGGUGGGAGGAGGGAUAGUGACAGAGCCCCAAGAACUGAGGCUGCCGUUUCUGGGUUCUUUUUGGCAGCUGGCUGAUAAGGAGUCGAACCCUUGACCUUAGUGUCAUCAGCACCACACUCUAAGCUACUGAACUAACCAGCCAGCCCUGCCAUUUCUUUUUUAUAAAGGCCAAAAAAGAGGUUAUCGGUGAAAAGUUAAUUAUGGAUUUGGCACUAGAAUAGCUUCAUUGCAAAGUAUUUGAGCAUUCCUCAUCUCAGCCCUUUAUUUUAUCUUUCAUGUGGGCUAAUGUGAGAGUAAUCUUAAAGAUAUUAUAGGAACAUCUUUUCUUUCUUUCUCAGCCUUUACAAAAACAAUGCAUAGUAAAAUAUAUCUACAAAAACUUUCUGUUUGAGACUUUUAAUGGGCUUUUUAUUCUAAUGAUAAUUACACCUUUAUCUUUCAAAAGCUGAUAUUUCCUACAUAAAGCAUCUCCCCCCAAAAUAUCUUAUUAAAAAGACCACAAAGAAUAGGGGAGUAGAAAGGUUUAGAUGUCAAUUCCAAAACAGUGAUUGAAACCUCCCCAAUAAUUAUAGCUUAUAUCACCUACGGAGAUAGUCUGGCUUGGUUUACCCCAUAAUCUAAUUUCAGAACAGAAAGGUUUAUUUUAACAGUCAAUCUAAAUCAACACUAAAGCUUUUCUCUCAAAGGUUUUAUCAAGAAAUUCAAGUGAAUAUACUUUCUGCAUUAAUGACAUCAAGGGCGUACAGCUUCCUGUGCUUCUUAGGUCAAGCUGAAUUGCCCUCCAAAGCACUGUCUUUCCUUUACUCGUGUGGUUCCAUUUAAGGUGAGCUGUUCAGAAAUACAUCUCAAACCCUAUAAUGAAAUGACAAAGAAGGCAAUUGUACUUUUUAAGGAAUACUGACAGGUGAUUUCUGUUUUCUAAAGGACAAAAUAAAGAGUGCGUCAGUGUGUCUCAUUUUUAAUUAGGCUCUUUCCCCUGCUGAGUUGGAAAUUCCAGUGCAGUACUGAUUGACCACAACUGCCAGAUCUAAAAGUGCAAAGGAAGAAGUAAAGUUUUAUGCCGGUUUUAUUGCAAUAUGAUGAAAUUUUUAUCUUGGUGUGUUCUUUUUUCUUUUUUCUAUUUUUGGGCAGCUGGCCAGCACAGAGAUUGACCCCUGGACCUUGCUGUUAUCAGUACCAUGCUUUAACCAACUGAGCUAACCGGCCAGCUGGUAUGUCCUUUUCUAGAUAACUCCAACAGAAAACUGUAACUGCUAUGUCUUAUAGUUACACAUAAGAAAGUAUAGAAGAAAGAAAAUUAUUAUUCUUUAUAUACUACAAGGUACCUGAAAACUUUA